CAUAUAAAAAGGCAUGGAAAAGGUGUUCUGGGACACUGCUCUGAAGGCAUAUGUUUCGUCAGAUGCAGGCACGAUGAAUCAGUUGCGAGCAGUCGAUGACGGGGCAAUAAAAAUCCCUUAUCGCAUCUUUGUUGGCGGUAUAGCUUUCAAUACCACUAAAGAAGAACUGAAAGACUUUUUCAGUAAUUAUGGAGCAGUGAGGGACACGAAAAUCAUAAAAGACAGCGAGGGAUUGAGUAAAGGGUACGGUUUUGUUACUUUUUAUCGAGAAGAAGAUGCCCAGAAAGUCAUGAACAUGGGAACAAUCUUCUUCAAAGAGAAACGACUCAAUAUCUCUGAGGCAUUUAGGAAACCGCAGCUCGUCAAUCAACAAGCAGCGAUGGAUUUGGUAACUGUGCCUGUGGCUGCCCCUACCACUUGGGCCUCUCCCUCAUCAACUGCACCUGUGUAUUACACAGCCAUGAACCAGCAGGCACCUCAGUUGCCACAACUACAGCUUUCAUCUUCAAGGACUUGGCCUGUGGUACAGGGAAUCCCCAUGCCUCAACAACCGGCCGCUGAAAUAGUUUGGGUACCACAAUAUUACUAUUAUUAGUUAACUAACAAACAAAGUUUUUCCAAAGAUUGCGCGAAAAACUUCGGCGUAGCUCGUAAAGGACAUUCGUAGACUAGCUCGUCUGCUUUUAUUAUUUUUCCCCACGUCUAAUUUUUUACUUUUAUUUUAUUUGUUUUUUUCAAGUAUUUUGGUCUAGUUGUUAUUUUUGGUCCUCAGUCAAUGAGAAGCAAUAACUGCGCUAACUUGCGAAUGCCACGUUA